AUGAUCAUAUUCUGUACUGCAUUUGUUGCUUUGCGCUACUACUCUCGCUAUCUCACGAGCACUGCUUUAAACACCGAAGACGUUCUUAUUCCCUUUGCCUGGCUGGCUGAGAUGGGUUUGUGCAUCGUUAGUAUUGUCAUGGUUGAGAAAGCUAGCACCGGACGACACAUGGCGUAUAUUCUAUCAACAGAUCCAGCGAAGAUACCCGAACACUUCAAGGGUAUCAUGAUUCAGGAAGUCCUACAUCCAGCAGCUGUUGCCUUCCCGAAACUUGCAGUGGUGCUACUCUACUUACACAUCCUUACCAACAAGUAUGAGCGUCUCACUGCUAAGGCGUUGAUAUUUCUUAUCUUCGCCACAUGGCUCUCUUUCACAGUGGCCGCUAUGUUUCAAUGCAUGCCGUUUGCUUUCAACUGGGACAAGAGCAUUCCAAAUGGACGGUGUUUCGACGUUCAGGUCUUCGCGAACAGCUCGAGCGUACCAAAUAUUGUUACUGACCUGGCUGUCCUAAUACUGCCUCUUAGAACCGUGUGGUGUUUGAAGAUAAGUAUUGGUAGAAGAGUUGGGUUGCUAUUCAUAUUCCUUACCGGCAGUGUCGGUAUAGUCGCCUCUAUAAUCCGCACGGUCGUGUUUUCCCAGACCCUUGCAGAAGCCGGACCUCUUACAGAUGUAACAUGGAACCAUGUCUCACUCAUAAACUGGACGAUGAUGGAGCCUGGGAUGUAUCUUCUAAGCGCAUGUGCUCUCUCCUUCAAACCUCUUCUCCGUUCAUUCGCCAAAGCUCUACAUCUUCAGGGCUUCGUUACACAUACAAGGUCUACCGUUGGUGGGACAAAGAGUCAUGUCAAAAAGACAUUCACAUCGACUCAGACGCAGCCUGAGGUCUUCGAGUUGGGGCACAUCAGGAACGUCUCCGAAUUUGGCAAGUUUCACCGAUUGAGUGAAGGAGUGGAGAGUAACAGUACGGAGGAGUAUGCCGAAAGAAGGCUUGAAGUAACUGUAACGACAACCAUCGAACUGGAUUCGGAAGGUAGAGUCGAUGACGAUCGUUGGGACCACCGUGAAUUGACAAGCGACCACUUUGGGCGGGCGGUUUGA